AUGACCACCCCGCACAAGCCAACAAUAGCAAUAGCAGGCCUAGCAAUCGAGACCUCGACCUUCCACCCAGGCCGCACAGAGGCAGAGGCCUUCCACCCCCGCCGCGGCACAGCCGAGAUAACAGCCUACCACGCCGCGGUCAUCGGCCCAGGCACACCGCUAAGCAAUGCCGCAAACUGGAAGGGCGCCCUCAUAGGGCACGCCCUGCCGGGAGGACAGGUCCUUCUCACAGCCUACCAGCAGCUCGAGGCAGACCUGCUGGCGCGGUUGCGCGCCAUCGUCGAGGAGCACGCCGCCGAGAACGCCGGCCGGCCCCUCGACGGGCUGUGGCUCGACAUCCACGGCGCGAUGUGCGUGGCGGGCCCAGUGCGCGACGCCGAGGCCACGCUGCUGCGCAAGGUGCGGGACGUCGUGGGGCCGGAGUGUGUGGUGAGCGCGAGCAUGGACCUGCACGGGAACGUCUCGCGCGAGCUGGCGCACCUGUGCGACCUGAUUACGUGCUACCGGACGGCGCCGCACGUCGACGUCGUCGAGACGCGGGUGCGGGCGUGCGAGAACCUGCUCGAGGUGCUGGGGAUGAAGGAGGCCGUCGGGGGCAGGGGGGAAUUCAGGCCGGUCAAGGCGUGGGUGCCGCUGCCGAUCUUGUUGCCUGGGGAGCAGACCAGCACGCGCGACGAGCCGGCGAAGUCGAUCUACGCUGCUGUGCCGGGCGUCGAGGCCACGGACGGCGUGCUCGAUGCGGCGGUGUGGGUGGGCUACGCGUGGGCCGACGAGCCGCGGAACCGGGCUGCGGUGGUGGUUACGGGGUGGGACGAGGGCGCGGUGGCCAGCGGGGCGGAGAAGCUGGCACGGCUGUUCUGGGAGAGCAGGGAGGAGUUCCACUUUGUCGCGCCGACGGGGAGCAUGGCCGAGUGUCUGGACACGGGCCUCACGAGGAUCAAGGACGAGACGAAGCGGCCGUUCUUCAUCAGCGACUCGGGCGAUAAUCCCACUGCGGGCGCCAGUGGGUAUGUCACCUGGGGCCUGGCGAGAGUGCUGGAAAGGGAGGAGUUCAAGCAGCCGGACGGCCCGCAGGUGAUUUACGCCAGUGUGCCGUGCGCCGGGUGCGUCAAGGAAUGUGUCCGGCAGGGGGUCGGGGCUAUGGUGACGGUGACGGCCGGCGCGGGCAACGAAGCCGAACUCGACGCCCCGUUGACGAUGACAGGGCGGGUACACAGUAUCAAGCUUGGCGACAAGGACGCCAAGACGGAGGUCGUCCUGCAGGUGGGCAGUGUGUUCGCCAUCUUGACAGAGGAAAGGAAGCCGUACCACAAGGAGAAGGACUUCACUGAUCUUGACCUCGAGCCACGGAAAGCCGACAUUGUUCUUGUCAAGAUAGGGUAUCUUGAGCCAGAACUCUACGACAUGGCCAAGGACUGGAUGCUGGGCCUCACACCUGGAGGGGUGGACCAGGAUUUGAUCAGGCUGGGCCACAAGGAGAUCAGGAGGCCGAUGUGGCCAUUUGACAAGACCUUCGAGAAGGAGCCGGAUCUGUCGGCUAGGAUCAUAGCGAUGUCCAACGAACCGCUGGACGGUCCGGACGAGUAG